AUGGCUGACACCGAUCUCCGCCAGCGCAAGGCCAAGGCCGACCAUGUCAACGCAAAGGAGCCCGCAAAGCUUCGCACCAGAGUCGAAGAAGAUGACGAGGCGGAUUCGCUCCGUCUGGAUAUUCUGCGAGUCUUGACUUUCUUGUUUGUCGCUUCAUGCGGCCUCAGCUACGUCAUCAGCUCUGGCGAGAGCUUCUUCUGGGGCAUGCAGAAUAAGCCGUAUUACCUGAAGCCUGAGUGGUGGAAGGCCAAGUUUGGUGGACCGAUUUAUCUUACCCCGGACGAGCUUUCCCAGUACAAUGGCUACGAAAAGGGCAAACCCUUGUAUCUCGCUGUCAAUGGCACCAUCUUUGACGUCUCGAACGGUCUGAACAUGUAUGGCAUUGGUGGUUCUUACCACUUCUUUGCCGGCCGAGAUGCAUCGCGCGCCUACGUAAGCGGCUGCUUCGAGGAAGACUUGACCCCCGAUAUGCGCGGCCUCGAAGAGAUGUACCUCCCAAUCGACGACCCCGAAAUCGAUUCCAAGUGGACCACGGCCGAGAUGAAGGAGCUCAAAGAGCAGGAGCUAGCAGAAGCUAGGGAGAGAGUACAUAGCGGCCUGAAGCACUGGGUCGAAUUUUUCACCAACAGCCCCAAGUACCAAAAGGUCGGCUACGUAAAGCGCGAGGAAGGCUGGCUAGAGAAACUGCCUCAUCCCGAACUGUGCAAAUCUGCUCAACAAAAGCGCAAGAAGAGGGUUCCCAGAGAGCAGCAAUAG